AAUCUUUCUGUGACUCUAAGAUGGAGGUCUGAUGACGAGGUCUGCUGCAUCAGUGAUGUUAUAGAUUCUCCAACCCAAGACAUUCCGUCUGCUCUCACUCCUGCUGUUCCCAACAAGACUGUGGACUUAUUUGAGAUGAUUGAAAAAAUGCAGGGGAGCCGACUGGAUGAACAAAGAUGCUUCCUACCAGCUCCUCUCAAGGUCAGGAUAGGUCAUUGUUGCUAUACAGAAGAGGAGUAUAUUCCUUAUCCCAGCAUUCAUGAGGUGUUACAGAAAGGGUGGCCUUAUCCUCUCAUUAUCUUACCCCAGUUUGGGGGCUACUGGAUUGAAGGGACCAGCCACAGCCUCUCCGGCUUGAAUCCAACUCUGUCUGACAUACCAUUUCCCUGGAGUGGUAAAGUGAAACUGGAGAGUGAUCCUACAGCCAAGUUGUACCGCAAGCAUUUCCUGGGGAAGGAGCACCAGAACUUUUACUCCAGUGACACAUCCUUGGGUUACCUGGUACUUUCAGUGAAAUAUGAACAGAUCGACAAACAAGAAAAUCUUCGCCUGUUAUUGAGGACUCGAACUGGCACCAGACAUGAUCUCAUCCCUAUUUCCUGUCUGAAUGAGUUUCCCAAUGCUGUCCAAAUGGCAAAGCUUCUGUGCGAGGAUGUGAAUGUUGAACGAUUCUUUCCUGUCCUCUAUCCUAAGGCUUCACAGCUUAUUGUGGCAUUUGAUGAACAUGUCAUAAGCAAUAAUUUUAAAUUUGGGGUCAUCUACCAGAAACCUGGGCAGACAACUGAAGAAGAAGUCUUCAGUAACACAGAAGAGAGUCUGGGCUUCCUGGAGUUCUUGGAUUUCCUGGGUGAAAGGAUUCAGCUGCAAGAUUUUCGUGGGUUCCGGGGAGGCUUGGAUGUCACUAGGGGUCAAACGGGCACUGAAUCGGUCUAUACAAAUUUCCGGGGCAAGGAGAUCAUGUUUCAUGUGUCUACAAAGCUGCCCUUCACUGAGGGAGAUUCCCAGCAGCUUCAGCGGAAGCGUCACAUUGGGAAUGACAUUGUAGCCAUCAUCUUCCAGGAUGAAAACACACCUUUUGUUCCUGAUAUGAUUGCUUCUAAUUUCUUACAUGCUUAUGUGGUAAUUCAACUCACUCACAGCACCAGUGGGGAGACUCUCUACAAGGUUUCAGUCACAGCCCGAGAUGAUGUCCCCUUCUUUGGGCCCUCUCUUCCAAAUCCAGCCAUAUUUAGAAAGAGUGCAGAGUUUCGGGAGUUUCUCCUGGCCAAGCUCAUCAAUGCUGAGUAUAGCUGCUACCGAUCAGAAAAAUUUGCUAAAUUAGAGGAGAGAACUCGGAGUGCCCUCUUGGAGAGCCUUUUUGAGGAGCUGCAGCUUCGUAGCCGCAGUAUGAUGGGCUUGUCUGUAGGGGAGGAUGAAAAGAUGGAGAACGGCAGUGGGGGUUUCUUUGAGAAUUUUAAGUCUUUUGCCAUGCCUGGUAGGAGCCCAUCACGUACUCGUGCCAGCCGCUUCCAUGGGCGACGGAGUAGUGCCAUUGGCAUUGAGAGCAUACAGGAGGAAAAGAGCAGAGACACUACAGAGAGGAUACAAAAGGUGCUGGACAGUCCAGGAAUGUUCUUUGACCUAAAAUCUGAUGGAUCAUCUAGUCCCAGCUCCCCAGAGUUCCCCAUCAGGAAGAACAAACACAUCUGAGUGGGGACACCAACCCAAUCAGGAGUGGACCGGAUACUGCUCAGUCUUUGGUUACCUCACUGAAGAUACUGGAAAGACUUUGGGGUUGAAAUGAGAGCCCUGGCUAAGAGGAGCAUGAACUUGCUUAGAGGACCUCAAGGACUGUGCAGAGACCAAGUGGCACGACGUAAUGCUCCACUGGCAGUUCCUGGAGCASGAAUUCUGGGAAAGGGAGAUGGACAGACAGCUCCUAUUGGAGCAUUUUGGCUCUAGGCCUUUCCCAUUGCCCAACCAGCAGUCACUAAACCAGCUUCUUCUAAUGAUUGGGAGAAGAAGGCCUCCUUGAGUGCUCCCCUUCUCUUCUUCUCCCCUCAGAUGAGCAACAAGAGAACAGCUUGACCUAUCUAAGGCAGGAGCAGAAAAAUUCCAGGCCCUCUCUGUCUCUAGUGCCUUUGGAUGACUUAGGUCAGGAAGUGCAGUGCAGAAAAUGAGGAUGGAGAAAUUUACUGAGGAAAGAUGCUGAGAAGG